UGUGCACCUCCACCACCGCCCCCACCUCCACCUCCUCCUCCUCCUCCGCCGCCGCCGCCGCCGCCGCCGCCACCGUCUCCACCUCCGUCACCACCAUCGCCGCCAUCGCCACCAUCACCUCCAUCCCCGCCAUCACCACUGUCUUCUUCGCUACUACUGCUACUACUGCUGCUGUCUCCGGAGCCCCCUGAGCCUCCACCAUCUCCACAAUCUCCUCCAUCACCACCAUCACCGCCAUCGCAUCCACCAUCUCCACCACCAUCGCAUCCACCGUCACAACCACCAUCACCACCACCAUCCCCGCAGUCGCCACCAUCGCCGCCAUCACAUCCACCAUCGCCAGCAUCUCCACAGCUCCCGCCUUCGCAACCUCCGUCUCCUCCUCCGUCUCCGCCACAGUCUCCACCGCAAUCGCCAUCUCCACCAUCCCCUCCAUCACCGCAGUCACCACCACCACCAUCGCAACCACCAUCACCACCAUCUCCUCCGUCACAACCACCAUCACAGCCACCGUCUCCACCUCCGUCUCCGCCACAAUCUCCACCGCAGUCGCCUCCGCCGUCUCCUCCCGUAUCCGUUUCCUCGCUUUCCACACCCUCUUCAACACAAAGUGAUGGAAGCAAAAUAUGUGUAAGUUGUACUAUGGCUUGUACCUCCGCACCACCAUCACCGCCACAAUGCCCUCCGUCAGGUCCAUCGCAGUCUCCUUCGUCUUCUUCGCUGGAUGAAUCAGAGUCGGAGUCAGAGUCUGAUUCAGAGCUGUCUCCAUCCUCACAAUCACCGCAAUCGCCGUCGCCUCCAUCGCACUCGCAGUCACCAUCUCCACCAUCGCCGCAAUCGCCGCCAUCACCGCCAUCGCAUCCACCGUCACCCCCAUCGCCGUCACCAUCCCCGCAAUCACCGCCGUCGCCUCCAUCACAACCAACGUCACCAUCGCCACCGUCACCAUCUCCGCCAUCGCCACAAUCUCCACCAUCACAUCCCCCAUCUCCCCCAUCGCCACCGCAAUCCCCACCACAUUCCCCAUCGCCACCAUCAUCAUCAUCUCCACCAUCACCACCGUCUCCGCCAUCACCGCCAUCGCCUCCAUCCGCGCAAUCGCACCCACCAUCACCACAAUCGCCACCGUCACCAUCGCAAUCACCAUCACCACCAUCCCCGCAAUCGCACGUCCCAGGUUCGACUCCCGGACAAGCCCCCAGUGAGGUAGGAGUUGGUGCAGUUCUCCUUCAGUUGGAUGAAGAGGGUUUCAUGAAACCUGUGAGCUACUUUUCGAAGAAGCUUGAUGUACAACAGCAAAGAUACUCGAUAAUACUAGACAAGCGAGAGAAGGGGUGCCUAAGUAUGAUGCUGGAAGUUCAACACUUUGAUGUGUAUAUGAGUAGCUGCCGUGAUGUCUCGAGCCGAGACAUCGAGACACAAGCCUCCGAGGCACUGGGAGAUCAGUGCUCCGAGGGCGAGGCCGAGACCGAGACAUCAGGCUUCGAGGCCGAGAAUGCAAUAUUCGGUUUCGAGUCUGGCGCUUGUGGAACUGGAAUCGGCACAGGAACAGAAACGGUUUGGACUUCGCCGCCAGCCUCCCCACCAUCAGUACCGCAGUCAACUGUACAAUCGCCGCUCUCCUCUUCGCUGCUGCUACUGGAAGAGCUUGAACUGUCUCCAUCGCCGCAACCAUCGCCGCAGUCUCCGUCACCCCCAUCGCAACCUCCAUCGCAAUCCCCGUCCCCACCAUCCCCGCAAUCACCGCCAUCGCAGCCCGCAUCACCGUCGCCACAAUCUCCAUCACCAUCGCAGCCAUCCGUAUCACAGUCUCCGCCACAGUCACCAUCUCCCCCAUCUCCGCAGUCACCACCAUCGCAACCACCAUCUCCACAAUCACCAUCACCACCAUCGCAGUCGCCAUCUCCUCCGUCGCCGCAAUCGCUUUCGCAGUCCCCUCCAUCGCCGCAAUUGCACCCUACAUCAGACUCCUCACUGCUGCUGCUUCUCCGCGUUCUCUCCGCUACAAGGUAA